CAACACAUAUCCACUCAUUUAAAUGAAAUCAUAGGUAACUCUCAUGCCAUUAACUGAAAACAGAAUAGCCUAGGAUUACAAAAUGAUCCAAAAAAACGAAGCUUAUUUGGAAAGCUUUGGGGAGGGCUAUCCCAACCUUAAAAAUACAAAUGAUUAUUUUCUAUAUCUUCUCAGAAUCUAUGGUGAUUUCUAAAAUCUUGAACUUAAAAGAUUUACAAUAUGCUAUGAAAAUACACCAUGCGGUUAAAUUGGUUUACACUCUUUCUGUAUCGAAAAUUUCACAUGCUAAGCUGAAGUAUUUUAUCUCAUUAUACUCAGAUAUUCUAUUGGGUCGAUGAAUAAUUUUAAGGCAAAGGAAUAGUCACAAGAGCCUGCUAAUUACUCUUGUAACACUCCUUCGAAGUUCUUGGAUUAGAUCUUCUAAUAAUACAUUGUUUAGUAGAAAAUGUCAAAAGUGCUAAUGUUGCUCUACGAUGUGGAUUCACAUAUGAAGGCAUCUCUAAUUUAGACAAUACCCAAUACAAGAAGUUUAUCAAAACUGUAGAAUAAUAUACAAUUGAAAAAAAACAAUGA